AUGAUAACCAAAAUGAUACAGGAUAGACAAAAGAAAACAUAAAACAUAGAUGAAAAUGAAUUGGAUUCUUUCAAUCAAUAUUUACAAAAAGACAAUCAACCGAUGAUAUAAUGUUCCAAAAUUAAAAUAAAUCUCGGAAUGCCAGUAAUCGCUGAAUAAUAAAAUGAAACACUAGGCAACACUAAUUAAUCGAUCAUAUCUUAAAGUAAAACUAUGUCACCAGAUAAAAAAACCAUAGUAAUAGAAGAUAUAAAAUUGAACAUUCGAAUAGUUUUUAAAUUUUACACUAGUUUUGGCAAUCGUAACAAUACUCGAUUUCUUAAGUCUAAUAAAUUUAUUAAAAUGCUUUCUGAUGCUCAGAUUUCACCUAAUAUAUUAUCUAAUAGAGAUUGUGAGAUUUUGUAUGCAUCUCAUUCAAAGAAUAAUGAAAGACUUACACUCGAAUAAUUUUAGAAUCUAAUUCCUAAAUUGGCAAUUAUGAUAUAUCCAUAACAUAAUGUACGUUAAGCCUUUUUAACAUUAUAUAAUGAAUAUUUGUCUAUCCUGUCAUAAAAAAUAUUGAAUUUUACUGAAUUCGGACAAUAGAUAUAAUUUGUAUUAUAACCUAUUAAUCAUGAAAUGAAGGAAUUUAUGAUGCCAAUCAUAUAAUAAUUAACAAAUCUUCAUAAAUUUAUCUUUGAAGAUUAAAGUUCGAAUUUAAGUAAAGUUUAAUGGUAAUAUAUGCAGUUUUUAACAUUAUGUGAAAUAUUACCAAAUUAUAUAAAUUAAUCUUAAGCUUAGAUGAUAUUUGAUAAUAUUUAGAUUAGAUAACCUUUAUUAAAUUUAUAAGAAAAUGGAAAUUAUAUAUUUACUUUAAAUAAUUUUGUUGAAAGUUUAAUAAUUAUCUCAAAAGCCAUACCUAAUUUAGAUGAAUUCACUUAAUUUAGAUUGUUAUUAGAUAAAAUUGAAAAUUCAUAGGCCUUUAGUUAAUAUUUGUUAAAAUUGAAUAGAACUUAAAGUGAUAAAGUAAGAUUGUUUUACAAUAUUGAGAAAAGUAGAUUGUAUAAAUUGGAUAAUUAUAAUUAAUAAAGUUAAAUUAUGAAUAGUAGUUAAAAAAUUAAUAAUUAAACUCCUCUGAAUAAUUAAAAUACUUAUAUUGGAAGUACAAAUUCUAAGUCUAAUGAAAGUAGAGCAAAUAUAUCAUUAAUGAAAUAAUCUAAAGUUAUUUUAGAUAUUGAUUAAUAAACUCUUGCAUCUCUAAAAAAACUAUUUGAAUUUUAUGCUUAAAGUGGAGAACCAACUAAUAUAUAAUCAUUACAAAAAAGUAAAUUUAACAAAUUAUUAUUGCACACUGGAAUAAUGAAUAAUAUUAUAUAAUAAAUUGAAGCUGAUAUGAUAUAUUCAAAACUUUGUGGAUCUCAAUCUAUAAAGACAUAAUAAAAAAAUAAUUAAUUAACAAAUGGAAAAAUGACAUUUGGUCAAUUUUAAUAAGGUUUAGGAUUGAUAGCAGAUAAAUGUGGUAUAGAAGUUAAUGAUCUCAUAUAAUAAUAUUUAUUGCCAUUAGAGAAAUAAAUUUCAGAUGAGAAUAAAGAAUAAAUAUUAUAAAUAUUGGUUGAACUCUUAUAAGAUGAUCAGAUUGUAUUAUUAUUAAAUUAUUAAAUUAGAUUUAAUUAUAUGAAAUAAUCUAACCUGUAUUUAAUUGGUAUUUUUAAGAAUAUUCAAAAUAAUAAUAAAAUUAAAUCUUAAGUCUCCCAGAAUUUUUAAAAUUUUGUUAAGAUUUUGAACUCUCAAAUAUUUUAAUUUCACAAACUUAAUUAACUUAGGUAUUUUAUUCAGUUGCCUCACUUAAUUAAGAAGGAUAGGAAUAUUCUGAUUUAGUAUAUCUAGAUAAGUCUUAAUUUGUGGAAACUAUAAGCAUCAUUGCAAUAAUAAUAUAUUAGACAAUACCAAACUAUAUUUAAAGAGUAUAUAAAUAAAUUUAAAUUUAGAUCGUUUAUAUUUUAGAAAGAAUAUUUUAAUCUCAAAAUGCAUCCAAGAUUUAUAUUAAAUAAAAUAAGUAUCUAUAUAAAUAUAUUAGAUUAUAAGCCAAAUUCUUUAGUAUAAUUGAUGAAAUUAAAUAUAGAUUCUUAUAAAAAGUAGAAAAAUAAAAUGAGAAUGAAAAUUAUAAUUUUGAUGAUCUUGUAAAUGGUACAAUAUAUAAAUUGCAAUGA